CCCGGCCCGCCCCAGCCCCUGCCCCUGCCCCAGCCUGGCCAUGCCCGCGCCCAGCCAUGCCCCGCGCAGCCUGCUGCUCCUCUGCCUGCUCGUGCUGCGGGGCUGCGCGCAGGACUUCGGGCAGACGCGCUUCAUCUGCACCUCGGUGCCGCUGGACGUGGACAUGUGCAGCGCGUCCUCCUCGGCCCCCGCGCAGGGCGGCGGCGCCGAGGAGCUGCGGAGCACGGUGCUGCAGCUGCGGGAGAGCGUGCUGCAGCAGAAGGAGACCAUCCUCAACCAGAAGGAGACCAUCCGCGAGCUGACGGCCAAGCUGGGCCGCUGCGAGAGCCAGAGCCUGCUGGACGCGCUGCCCAACGAGGCCAAGCCGGGCGGGCGCAAGCCGGGCGGCUUCCCCAAGAACACCAUGGGCGACCUGUCCCGCGCCCCCGCCGCCGAGACCCUGCACCAGCUCGGCCAGACCCUGCAGGCGCUCAAAGCGCGGCUGGAGAACCUGGAGCAGUUCAGCAGACUCAACGCGUCCGGCCAGGGCGGCAGCCUGAAGGACGUGCUGCAGAGCAAGAUCGACGACCUGGAGAAGCAGGUGCUGUCCCGCGUCAACAGCCUGGAGGAGGGCAAGUUCAACGGCAAGAACGAGUCGGAGGAGCGGGGCAAGAUCGAGAGCACGCUCACCUCGCUGCACCAGCGCAUCAGCGACCUGGAGAAAGGCCAGAAGGACACGCGGCCCACGGACCGCUUCCAGCUGACCUUCCCGCUGCGCACCAACUACAUGUACGCCAAGGUGAAGAAGAGCCUGCCCGAGAUGUACGCCUUCACCGUGUGCAUGUGGCUCAAGUCCAACGCCUCGCCCGGCGUGGGCACCCCCUUCUCCUACGCCGUGCACGGCCAGGCCAACGAGCUGGUGCUCAUCGAGUGGGGCAACAACCCCAUGGAGAUCCUCAUCAACGACAAGGUGGCUAAGCUGCCCUUCACCAUCAAUGACGGCAAGUGGCACCACAUCGGCAUCGCGUGGACCACGAGGGACGGCGUGUGGGAGGCCUACCAGGACGGCACGCAGGUGGGCAACGGCGAGAACCUGGCCCCCUACCACCCCAUCAAGCCGCAGGGCGUCCUAGUGCUGGGCCAGGAGCAGGACACGCUGGGCGGCGGCUUCGACGCCACGCAGGCCUUCGUGGGCGAGCUGGCGCACUUCGGCGUGUGGGACCGCAAGCUGAGCCCGGGCGAGGUCUACAACCUGGCCACGUGCAGCACCAAAGCGCUGGCGGGCAACGUGAUCGCCUGGGCCGAGGGCAGCAUCGACGUGUACGGCGGGGCCACCAAAUGGACCUUCGAGGCCUGCCGCCAGAUCAACUAGCCCCGCCGCCGCCCGGCCCCGAGGACAGGCCAGCGCCGCUCCCCCCACCCCGGGGCAGGGCAGCCGGCGCGGCCCCCGGGCGGCCAGGGCGGAGGCUGCCCCUGGCCCCGGCCCGCUCCCCCCUGCCAUGAGACUCUCUCGUCGCUUGCGGGCCGGUCCGUGUCUUGCCAAGUCGGGCCGACGCCUGCGUGCCUUGGGCGGGGGCAGCCCCUCCGCCCCGCCGUCUUCCCCCGCGUGUCCCGGCUCCCGGGCAGGCGGCAGCGGGGGCUGCUGUCACGAAGGCCUCCCUGCGCCUCCCAGCGGCCCCGGGGGCACUUCUCUGCAGCCGGAGACUGAAGGGCGAGCGCAGGGCGGAGCAGCCCCGCCGGGGAGCGUGCAGGAUCAGGCGGGGUUUGGGUCUCACGCGGGGGCAGGAGGCUGAGGCCGGCAGCGCGAAGCCGGGUGUCCUGCAUGUGUCCGCGGGGGCCUCGCCUCGCCUCGCCCCGCGGUCUGGCGCUUGCUUGCUGGCUUGCAUGGGCUCCCCCGCCGGCCGCCGCCCCGCCGCCCUUGGAAGGGGCCGGGAGGACCCCGCAGGGGCCGGGGCAGCCCCCGGGAAACUGCCUGCCCCUCUCUCUCUCUUUUCCGUCUUCAAGCCAGUUCAGGGCCCCGCGUCCCCGCGUGUCCCGCCCGAGCCGCCGGGAGCUGUCCCUUCAGCACCACGGCCCGGCCCGGCGCUGCCCUCCAGCACCCCCUUCUCCACCCCGACCAUUUUAAAUCAAGGAAAAAGUGGAUGGCUUCCCACGCCGGACGUUCCCUCUUGCACUGAAUAAUACAUGCCUCUCUCAGGUAAUGUCCUUUUAUAAAAUAAUGAUGAUCUAUUUCGAGCCGGCGGCACUGCAGCAGCGGCCGCGCCUGCUCCGCCCAGCUCCUGUCCGACAGCUCCCACGAGCGCGACCCCCUCCCUGGAGCCUGGACCCUCCCUGGAAAGUUUAGCUACCCUUUAAACAAACUCUCAAGCCUUUCAAGCUUUUGAUAACGCACUAUAUUAUGAUGAUAAUGAUGAUGAUGAUUAUUUCUCUUACUGUAAAAGGAAGUUUGCUACCAAGAAAAAGGUAUUUUUAUGAAGAAGAAGAAAUAAAAAGCAUAUAAGAGGCACUGAUGCUCCCUGAAAAAUACUUUAAAAAAUUCUAAGGGUGAGGGGAAGCGAUAGAAAGAAACUUAUUUUGAAAUAAUAGAUACAUUUUUGUAUGGUUUUCUUUUUUACAGCUCUUGGUUUGUACUGGUAGGGCGCAGAAGCCCGCCCCGACCCCCUCCGCGCAGGCCGGCCAGGGUUAUCCCGGGGGGCGCGGGGCGGGUGGGGGAGGCAGGGAGAUAAUUCACAGAGGCUUAACAGAGCCGUUACGACCAACUCCAAAGAUGUGGCAAAUAUGCAAGGUGGACGGGCAUGUAAUAAGCAGUUCAAGGUCGAAGCUGCUCUAUCCAGCUGAUCCGAGCCAGGCAGCGACAGCGCUGAGCAUGUGAGCCGCGGUUUGCAAACACAACCCCCUCCCCCGUACACACACACACACGCACGCACGCACGCACACACACAAAGCCAGUCGAGUUACCCUGGCACCAAGCUGUGGCUCAGGGCAGCGCAUUUGACCCGUGCUCUUUUUACAACACGUUGUGAGUUCAAUUUGCUAAGUUACUUAUUAGGACCAGUUCCCUUCAGCCAACAGUGACUUAAGCGCAAUCUGCCGAGGGGGUGGGGAACAACAGCAACGACUCAUUGGAAACGUAAUUAAUCCGCAGUCCCAAUUGUGUCUGAUUUGCCAAAAAAACCCCAACCAGUGUGAUAUUGCUAUGAUGUAUAUAUAUUGUACAGUAGGGGAGAGAAUAAAUGUAUCUUACUUUGUCAUUAUUUUGCUAACCAAAGCUGUACAUUUUUCCUAUGACUUGCUCUCAGUCGUCUUGGGUUUUGAAUGGGUUCUAACACUUACUUCUCCACAGUCCACAUCAGCAGUUCGGAAAAUGCACUGUUUCUACUGGUAUUCAUGCUUUUUCCAUUUUAUUGCUCAAAUUACAUGAAUUGUUGAGUUUAUUUUUACACAAUAAAGAGUGAAGAAAGACA